CGAUGGUGUUUUGAUCUAACUCGUUGCUUAUGUUCUUCAGUUGGUGGAACAUGGCGACACACCUUGGUUGGUCUUUACUGGGUUUAGCUGACCUGGAUAGGUUGAACUCCGUCGACGAUUCAUCCGUUUCUCUUAUUCAUGUGCUGUACAGCUUCUUCUUAAUCAUGGCAGUUAUCCUUCUCGUGAACAUGAUGAUUGCGUUGCUCUCAAACACCUAUCAGCAGGUUCAGGAUAAUUCACUGCAGGAGUGGUCUUUCAAGAGAGCCAUUACUGUAAGAACUUACAGCACCUAUCAUCCGAUACCAGUGCCCUUCAACCUUUUGUCUGUCCCCCUGAUAGUACUCUGGCACCUAUGUUGGCGCGACACUCCUGCUUCGCUCAAGGGCGGACGGAGAGUAGCUCUGAAUAAAGUGGUGAAGAAACUAGAAAGGAUGUACUUCGAGAAAUACGGUUAUGAAUUUCCCCUCACAGAGGGGAAAAAGAUAGAUCACUUGGUGCAAGAAAAUGAGGGAGGACGAAAAUUGGCCAAUCAGAUAGUACGGCAAGUAUUCCGACCGCGUGGAAAUAAGGAGGAAAAACUUGCGUCUGGCCACAGAGCGUGGUAUGAUUCGCCGGGAAUUGCUGUCGAUGGCUGUCUCCUAACUUACGUGGGACCAGAUGUCUGCGGCAUAUGCAAAAGUGGAAAUCGUAAGAACAUUCACAGUGCCAAGUUCAAGUCUCCCUUUACACCAGAGACACCAAGAUUUGAGGUACUUAUUCAGGAGACUGGGGAGAGGCGUAUUGUGGCAUUGGGUGCUGUUUAUGAGUCGUACGACUGUCACAAAAUGCCUGGCUGGUAUAGUGGAACAGUAGGUUACCACAUAGACGAUGGUAAAAUAUUUGAAACUGGCUUCCAUGAGCUGGGAAGAGAAGUCGAAGGAGCCAUGGCUUACCGCGGUGAUCUCAUCGCUUGUGAAGUUGAUUUUAGUGGAGUCCUCGAGGGAAAAGUCUCUGUGUUGUUCUCCUUGAACGGUAGAAAAGUAGCGCGUUCUUCAGUGGAAUAUACAGAGGGAAAUAAACUAUUGCCCUUCGUUUCAUUGGGAUUUGAAGGCAUUACAGUGCUCACCAAGAUGUGCCAUCGUGACAGAGACCGUUUUAGUAGAGUAACAAACGAAGACAUUCAGGAGGAAAUUGGAGAUCUGCGACGUGAUUUUCAGAAUCAACUUACCGAGCAAAGGAGGAUGUUGUCAGAAAUGAGAAAUUUAGUACUGCGUUUGAAGGAAGUAAAGGAUAAAGAUAAACAAGAAGAAGAUACUAAGAAACUGGCGGGUGACUUAAGUUAAAUCCACAAGUGAUGGCUUACGCGCAGUUUGAUGGAUCGGAUCAAUGGAUGGAUGAAAAUAAAGAAGAUUUUCAUCACCUUAGUAGUCGUUCAAGAACAUUCAUUUAGUUUAAACGCAAUGUAAAUCGUAUGCAAUCACUCUUUUUGAUGAGUGAAAAAGAUGCAAACUGUAUUUCUAUAGCUGUAAUAUUUCUUGUUGAAUUAAAAUUGUAGUCUGCUUACUUACAAAGAUUGUAGGAGUUAUGAAAACCAUUCAUUACCAUCUAUAAGUUACGUUUGCUUAAUCAUAUAGCUCCUAGUCAAUAACCAUAGUCUCCCCUUCAACUGUUAUAUAUGUUCCUGCAAAUUAUUUGGGAGAAUGUAGAGUUAAAUCAAGGUAUCACUUUGCUUGUGAGUUAAUCUGUUAUCUGUUUGCUGAGGAACAAAUAA